AUUUAAUCUCUACGUUUAAAGAAGAUAGCGGACCCUAAUUACGUCACACGCUCUCGUCUUUGCUCUCCCCGUUUCGCUGCUGCAACUUCAAAUAAUACUGCGCGGCUCCUGCUCCAAACACGGUCCAGGUAGCAUACAACACGUGUGUACAAUAUUUUCCGCUAAGUAGUUUACACCGAUAUCAAAAACAAGCAGCGCGGAUUUUUAGCGACCCAGUCUCUCAGCGUAGCAACGCGCCGCUGCUUCUGCCGGUCUACCGAGUACCGCUCAGCGGGCAGUAGAGGGGAGGAACGGCGGGACACGCAGGCGGAGGAAGGCGGGCAGGUUCUCCAGAGGAUAACAUGCUUUAUUUUUACCGCUGCCGCGGGAAUAUUUUUACAUUUGUAUGGAGGGCUUCGUCGUGACUCGUGUGUGUCUGGUAGGACGCGACUAUCCCCAUUAUAAAACUAAGAAGAGUCGUCAUACACGGUGAAUAACGGGAAGGAAGGAGACAGUGUGUUGCAUAGCGGCACACAAUACAUACAUGUGCUGAGCGGAACAUUACGCGCACCAGCGGGGUUUUUUAAUGAGGGCAGCUUGGCGCCGUACAGUCAUUUUGUUGAAUCGUUGGAUUAUUGGGCUUUACCUCCACCGAUGCGUCACAUUUUUCGAUUUGCAAUCAAAGAAGCUAGGUCGAAACCUGCAGCAUCUUGUUUUAUUAUCGGUCAGGGUGGUUUGAUUGAACCUAGCUAGGGGAGCUAACACCGACGUUGCCAGUCAUAACCGGUGUGCAUAGAGAAAGAUGAUCACAUUUCCAACCAAUCAUUGAUGGGUCGAUUUAAUUGUUAUACCAUCACUUAACCACAAAAGGUAAUUGAAUUACGCCAUAAAGAUUGUGUAUUUGGUCAGAUGUGUUCAGCCUAUGGCCCUUUAUCAGUUCUCCUAGAUGCGAAGAAUGGGCCCAUGUCUUAAUUUAGAAAACAAAGAAUUAGGCUACUUGAAAGGCUAAGCUGGGUAGCUAAGCUUGUCUCGCGUUUUCAGGUUUGCUUGUUAACUAGCUGAAGGGAUUAGUGAGAUAGCAUUCGCACAGUGCUGUCUUGUGGACACCGUCCCUUAACGUUACAUCCCUAAACCGGUCUGCGUUUCCCAUUGCCCUCAAUAUUUUCCGCGCCACGCCACAAUGGCCAGUCAUACUGUGGAUGACAGCACCAGCGCCGGGGCAGUGGAAAUGGAUCCGAUGCCCGGCUAUGUGGACCUCAUCACCAAAGCUUCUACCGUUAUGUACGGCGCCUUGAGAGACUGUAGCGCGUGCGGUCUGGAGCUCUCUAAACGGACCCUCCUAGAUAACGCGUACAUCACCUGGAACGAAAUUUUCCUGUUCUGCUUUUGCGCAUUUUUGUGGACGCAGAUAAGGCAAGGACUGACAGAGUGUCUUUUCAAGCCGUUAGCGGAACGGUGCAAGCUGCAGAACAAGGAUGCCGCUAAGAUGCCGGAGAGUGCGUGGAAGCUGGUCUUCUACACCAUGUCCUGGUCGUACAGCACCUACUUGCUCUUCUUCACCUCCUACACUUUCUUCUACGACCCCCCCUCCGUCUUCUACGACUGGAAGAGCGGCAUGUCGGUGCCCACGGACAUCGCCAUCGCCUACCUGAUCCAGGGCAGCUUCUACGGCCACUCCAUCUACGCCACGGUGUACAUGGACGCCUGGCGGAAAGACUCGGCCGUCAUGGUGGUGCACCACGUCAUCACGCUGGCCCUCAUCUCCUUCUCCUACGCCUUCAGGUACCACAACGUGGGCGUGCUGGUGCUCUUCCUGCAUGACAUCAACGACAUCCAGCUGGAGUUCACCAAGCUCAACGUGUACCUGAAGUCCCGGGGAGGGAGCUACUACCUGCUCAACGACAUCCUGUCCAACAUGGGCUCCGUGAGCUUCAGCAUCACCUGGUUCUGGUUCCGGCUGUACUGGUUCCCCCUGAAGGUGCUGUACGCCACCUGUGUCUCCAGCCUGCAGUCGGUCCCUCACAUCCCCUUCUACUUCUUCUUCAACGCCCUGCUGCUGGCGCUGCUGCUCAUGAACAUCUACUGGUUCCUGUUCAUCGUGGUGUUUGUGGUGAAGGUGCUGAAGAUGAAGGAGGUGAACGACGUCCGGGAGUACGAGGAGGUGGAGGGGGUGAAGGCGGCCGCGGCUGGGCUGGUCCCGGCCCACCAAGCCAACGACUCGGACCACCAGCACGACCACAGCGCCGUCCACGGGAAACACGUGCAGAAUGGCGUCUCCAAGGACAAACAUCUAUAGUGGAUUCUCUGUCGCCAUCUUCUGGCUGCCGGCCGCAAGUGCAAGCAGGACGGGCGUCCACGCGUGGCGGUUGGUGUGCUGUCAUGAUCGCAAAGGAGAAAAAAAGAAAGAGUGAGCAGAAGAAAGUGGUUGGAAAAAGACCAUAUUUAGGCGGCGGAUGUUUUUCUGUAGACUUGUUUCGUUGUUGUCAUGGUUGAUCUUAUCGUUUUUGUUUUAAAUUAUAGCACUGUGAAUGUUAUUUCAGGCGACUCUGUGUCUUACCAUCCUCAUCACAACGUCAAUUUAGUUUUGCUUAGAGACGAGACAUGCAAACCGCGAUUCACAAUACAACACCAUGCCGGCUGUGUCUGUGUGUCUGUGCGUGUGUGUGUGUGUGCGUGUGUGUGUGUGUGUGUGUGUGUGUGUGUACGUUUGUGUCAUCACAAUCGUGGACCGUCACAUCGCAUAACAUAUCAGCACCCAGCCCGGAUAUACAUCGUGAAGGGUGAGCUGCAAUCACAGCCAGUGAAAUAUCAAAAGGUCUCUCUCUCUCUAAACUAAAAAAGAGCCUGGCUUCGGGAUGCUGUGUGUGUGUGUAGUAGUGUGUGUGUGUGUGUGUGUUUGUGUGUGUAGGGGGGGAGUAUGUGAGUGGGUGUGUGUGUGUGUGUGUGUGUGUGUGUAUAUGUGCGCAGCGGCCCCCAGAUCCACCUGAGGCAAACUCCUUCCUGUUUGACCACGCUCUCGUAUCACAUAUUGCUUCUCAUAUCAUUUCCCUGGUCAAUAACUGAACACGCUGCUUCUACACACACACACACACACACACACACCGAUGUACUGAAAGACCAACACGUGCACAUACGCAUAGACACGCACGCGUAGACACUCGCAUACGCAUGGACCCACACACACACACAAACACCGCAGCAGUUGUGUUAUUGAGAUAGCCCCAUCAUGUUUUUGGUGCAUGAGGGAGUGGUGUGUGUGUGUGUGCGCUCCAAAUAGUGAUGUAAGACCUUUUUUGAUACACAGAAUUCCAAAACCCUUCGGUUGUUUUUAAAGUGAGGCAUUUCAAAUGAUGAACGUGAUUUUUCAUGUCUCUUAUUUGUUUACUUCCUUCCUGUUGAUAAAUAGGCAUUAGAACACUUACACUCAAAGAGUUCCCGUAUGGAAUUUAUUUUUCGUUUUCUUAAUAUUUUUUUCGUUGUUGUGUGUUUGUAGUAUUGCGUCUGUUGUUGCACUGAGAUGAAGGCGUACAAGCUGACGGCCGGUUUAUUGACUGCUGUAAUUGAUUGACUGGGUUUCCGUAUAAUCCUCUCGUUUCUAUUUGAAGGGGUUAAUGUUUUAUGUUGAUAAGCCGUUCAGCGGUUCUCAGAAAAUCGAAGUGACGGCCCUGACCCUGUAUAUGAGAAAAGGAAACAAGCACCAUGUGGGAAUGCAUGACAUAGGAAUGGUUUUGUUAAUAUGCUAUGAAGUUGUCUUAACAUUACAAAUGACGAAGAAAAAAAAUGCAACCCUCCUGCUUCUCAAUGUAAUCGUAAACUCCCAGUCGACGGAGUAAACAAAUCCUCUUCCAUCAGAAUCCAUCUGAGUCAGCGGAGGCCACGCAAUCACGCGGGUGUCUUUUUGCGCGCGUGUGCGUCGGUGUGCGCAUUCUCCGUACAGCUCCAGGGAGUCCAUCCAUCCAUCCAUCCUACCUCCUCGAUCUAAUUGAAGCUCUUAGUUUUCCGGACCAACAGCAUGCUUGUGCCGCUGGAACAGGCCGCAGAUGUUGUGACACACUUGUGUCUCUUUGUCAGUAGGCAACGCUUCCGUUUGUUUGUUUUAGCCCACGGACCCCCCCCCCCCCCCCCCCCACCCUUUCCAAACUAAACUCAAACUAGUUCAUGAGUUUCCUGUCGGACGUAGUCGUUUUUAUUACUAUACCUUUGUUGAUUUCUCUAAGAAAAUAGCUGCUGUUUUCUGUUUCUGGUUUUGUCCUGAGAGCGUUUGUCUGUAGAGCGACCCACCAUCCCCUCGCUGUUCUGCUAUGAUUGGCUGUUCAUUCCAGGAUCCCGAGGGACUAGGUAGUCACCUUGUUUUGUUUUAUCACUUUAGAUUCGUUUUGAUUCAUUUUGAUCACUGAGUCCUAUUCCUUCUUUAGUUUCCUUGAUGCUCCGAUUGUGUAUGACGGCAAAAACCUUCAGCUCUCGGUUGACACCUUUUGCAGCACGUGGUGCUAUGCAUAAUUGUGUAUUAUAAGUUGAAGCGAGACUUAAUCACUCCCCGAAGGCUACAAUUACUGUUUGUAAUAUAACUAUCGACUACUGAUUUUUUUUAUGUUAACAUUCUAGCCCCAGGGGACUUGAAAUGAACUGAACUCUUUUCCAGGGUGUUAAACUCCCUUUUUAAUGAUUUCCUCAAACCUUUUUUUAAAAGGCAUACUUUAAUGACAACUUUAGCCAUGGUUGAAUUAGUAUUAUUUCACUGCAAAAGAAAACGUUCGAGACAGGGGCAGAGAUAAGUGUUGUUAACAUGAAUGAACCGCGAUGAAGGUUUGACGUGCCAUGGUCCCCCAAGGAAACCAUCCAUGGUACGUUCAAUCACUGAGUAACUUCGCCCCCUCCCGCUCCGUCCAUAUCUCUCCCCGUCUGUCAUGAUAGCGAUGGCCUUGAUCUGCAUUAACUGCAUCCACGACUGGUGUGUUUAAUUUGACAGGAGUUUCCAUUGGAACCGUCCAAAUGCACCUUCCGAAAAUAUGAAACUACGAAAAAUGAAAUUAUGUGCAGUGGAUUGAUAUUAGGUAAAUGUUUCCGUGAUUUAUUUGGCUGAUCUAUUUUCAUGUGAAAUGGGGGAUGCUGUGAGAUGCAUUUUGAUUAAUGUUUUUAGAUUGUGCCAAAAACGUCCAUUCAAUUAUAAUCUUGGUGUUUUUCUGGGACCUAGCGGAAAGGGCGGGGAAGAGGUUGUUGAAAAUAUGGGCGGUUAUUUCCUGCAGUUUUUAUUUUAUUUUAUAAAUUGCACUGUAAUUUAUUGUUUUUUGUUUACUAGUACCUCACAAUGUCAGUAAAUUUGAAUAAUUGUGGAACUUUUGUAAUCACAUUUGAGAGUUAGCUGUUAGGGUUGUAAUUUUAAAGAUACAGGAUUUGUUGCUCUGGACCAUUGGUACACUGUAAAAAUCAACCAUUCGCUCCUUUUCUUUGUCUGAUCUUGUUUGAAUCUCACCCCUUUCUAAAUCUCUGACAACUGGUACUCAAUGUUUUAUUUCAUUUUUUAAACAUAGUUUUAAUAAUUCCAUUCAACCAGUGUUAUUGUAUCAUGUGCCCCUUCAUCAAAUAAAAAUAAUUAUGUAAAUUACA